AUGAGUCUCGACAGUCCGUCCGACGGAGCGGCUGGGAAAAGACCGUUGUCGGAAGCUAGUACGAAUUCCAACGAGGUUUCUAGCGUUCAAACCGAGGGAGCUAAGAAACCGCGAGUUCACGACGAGGAAAAGGAGAUAUUUGAUCAGGAACCACCCGCAGACGAGCUGGAGGACAUUGUGGAUGAGUACGUGCCCGUCAAAGCCGGCGAGUCUGAACGCGAGCUGGAAGCAGACUCGGGCGAAACUAAAGACAUUCUGGACGCACUCAACGAAUAUAUGCCAGCCGAUCCAGUUCCCGCAGUUGAGAUCACUCGCAACCCAAUAACAGGGAAGUAUAGAUUUCCCUUUAUCAGCAAAGAGGACUCAUUGGCAGCACGGUCGUAUCUGAAAUACCAUGGUUCAGGCCGGUUUCUGGACUCACAUCUGCCAGAAGAUCUCAACUCGCUAUACAUUUACCAUCUCAUCAAGUUGUUGGGAUUCCAGAUCAAGGACAAACAGCUCUUGGGAGCCGUUCAGGCUGUGUCUGAAAAUGACAUUUUGCCGCAAGGACCGGUUUCAUCUGCUAGUACGAACGGCACCGGCAGUGUCGGUGACACUCAUCCACAGCAUCAAAACAGUGUGGAAAAAGGUCAGGAUCCCGACGAAAGUGACUACUUCGAUGAUCCCUUGGAGAAAAAACACGCUGUGCGUUUAAUCAAAGAUCUACAAAAGGCCAUGAACAAAGUGCUGAGCACGAGAAUGCGUUUGGCAAACUUUCACUCUUUGGAUCAUUUUGUCGAAAAACUGAAGACUGCGAAAAAAGUUCUGAUUCUCACAGGGGCCGGUAUUUCCACGUCUCUGGGAAUCCCCGAUUUUCGGUCGUCUGAAGGAUUCUACUCCAAGAUCAGACACUUGGGUCUCGAUGACCCACAAGAUGUGUUCAACUACGAAAUCUUCAUGCAAGAUCCAUCUGUUUUUUACAACAUAGCGCAUAUGGUAUUGCCACCAGAGAACUUAUACUCACCAUUGCAUAGUUUUAUUCGCAUGAUUCAGGACAAAAGCAAAUUGUUGAGAAACUACACUCAAAACAUCGAUAAUUUGGAAUCCUAUGCCGGCAUACAGUCCGAGAAAAUGGUACAAUGCCACGGUUCUUUUGCUACCGCGUCCUGUGUUACUUGCCAUUGGAAGCUCCCAGGGGAAAGAAUCUUCGGUAACAUCAGAAAUCUCGAACUGCCGUUGUGUCCGUAUUGCUACAAAAAACGCAAAGAAUUUUUCCCCACAAUCGUUCCUGGCUCCAAGGAGAAAGAACCCGAGAAUUUUAACAGUCUGUUUGGCCAUGUACUCAAGUCCUAUGGCGUGCUGAAGCCCGAUAUCACUUUUUUCGGCGAAGCACUACCUUCCAAGUUCCACCGCUUCAUACGCGACGAUGUUCUGAAAUGCGACCUUCUUAUCUGCAUUGGCACCAGUUUGAAAGUGGCGCCCGUCUCUGAGAUUGUCAACAUGAUCCCCGCAUACGUGCCCCAGGUGCUCAUCAAUAAAGAUCCGGUAAGACAUGCCGAGUUCGAUUUGUCGCUACUUGGCUACUGCGACGACGUUGCGGCCCUUGUAACUCAAAAAUGUGGCUGGUCCAUGCCUCACGACAGGUGGCUUGCUCUUAAAGAUACGGAGUAUGUCUGUGAGUUGCACGAAAGAGGGACUUACGAGAUUCAUGCUAAACAAUCCGAUGAAACGAUGCAAGAUAAGGAAAAUGGGCUAAAACAGUAA